AUGAGUACAAAUACUGAACAACAAGAACAACAACCAAUCGUGGAAUCUCCACCUAAUGUUUCAACUGAAACAGAAAAUACGCCUGCAGUAUCAUCAACUGAUGAUGAUUCAAAUGCUGCACCUGCUGCUACUACUGCUCCUGUUGAUGAAGUUCCCGUUGUUGAAGCGGAAAAACCUUCGGCAUCAGCAUCAUCCGCAUCAUCAUGGUUUAAUAGUCUUGGUUUAUCACCAAAUUUAACAAGUCAAUUAACAAAUUUAAGUUCAUCAAUAAUGCAAGUUACUUCAAAAGUGAGUGCAGCUGCUAAUACACUUGUUCAAAAAACAUUACCCCAACGACCUUCAUCACCUGAUCAAAAUGAACAAACAGAAGCAGCAGCAGCAACAGCAGAAAAAACUGAAGAAAAUCAAAAAGUUGAACAAACCACUGAAGAAAAUACAGUAGAAUCCGGCAUCAAUAAAGAUCUAAAUAGUAUUUUUAAUGAGCUGAGUUCAACUGUAAUGAAAAGUGCCCAACAAUUAAAACAUGCUGUUGAAGAAAAAUCAUUAAUUGGGAAUUUUACAAAAGAACAUGAAAAAUUCUUAAUAGAAAAACGAUCACAACAACGCCGUGAAGAAGCAGCAGUUCCACCAUGGGUUGGUUAUGUUGAAGAAGAAGAAAUGAAAAAACAAAUUUUUGCUCUUUCAAAGGAAAAACGAAAUUUCUUACGAAAUCCACCACCAGGUGCUAAUUAUCAUUUUGAUAUGACUUCCGUCUAUCCUGUUGCAUUAGCAACUCUUGAUGUUGAUGAAAAUUUAAAACAAAUGCGUUUUGAUCUUGUACCAAAACAAAUUAAUGAAGAAGGAUUUUGGCGUAAUUAUUUUUAUCGCGUUAGUUUGAUAAAACAAUCGACACAAUUAUCAGCUUUAACACAUGAAAAUCAAAAUACUCAAUCAAAUGAUGAUACACAUGGUUCUUCAAAUGAACGUAAUCGUAAACUGUCCGAAUCUCAAGAUAAAUCUCAAUAUGCUAAUCAAGAUUUUGUUAGCGAAGAUUAUGAUACAUCGAAUGUUAAUAUGGAUGAUAUUCGACGUGAAAUUGAACAAUUAACAGUUACUAAAAAGAAUCCAAAUACGAACAAAGCUGCUAGUCCAGAUGCAGAUGAUAGUGAAUGGGAAAAAGCAUUGGCUGAAGAUCUUGAUAAUGUUUCAGCCGAAGAACUUGAAGCACAAAUUAAUCAAAUGUUAGAAAACGAUAAAAAUUAA